UCUGUAAGGGUUUGAAUUUCAUGCCUUUUCAUUUGAAGUAACUUUUUUAACCCCAAUCCUUAUUUCCAUUGAAUUCUUGUUUCAGUAACCCAUUUUUGCAGAUUUAUCAGGAUAAAAAAAAAAAAGGGGGAAAGUGAUUCUGUCCAAGAAAGCUCAAGGAGUCUAAGUUUAGGGUUUUGCUUGGAUUUUGGUUUGCAUAGAGCUCUUUAUGCAUAGGGAUUUUACAAGUCAAUCAUUAUAUUCCUGAAAUUACAAAGUUUGAAGAUUCUCAUUAAUGGAUAAGGAUAAGCCUCACCAUGGAAGUGGGAAUUCACUUCCUCCAUCCGGGAGGUAUGCUGCUUUCUCCCCACCAAAGGGUAGUUUCAACAUGAAACCAGAUCAAUUGGGAACGUCGAAUUUGCCUCCAUUAGCGCCAGGCAGCUCAUCUGACCAGGGUCAUUUUGGUCACAGUGUGCAGUCUGCUAAUCGGUUUAGUCAUGACCUAAGCCGUAUGCCCGAUAACCCGCCUAAGAAUCUGGGCCAUAGGCGUGCUCACUCUGAGAUUCUGACACUUCCGGAUGACAUCAGCUUUGAUAGCGAUUUAGGUGUCGUGGGCGGAUUGGAUGGGCCGUCCUUUUCCGAUGAUACUGAGGAGGACCUACUGUCAAUGUAUCUUGACAUGGAUAAGUUCAAUUCUUCAUCCGCUACUUCUGCUAACCAAGAAUUUGGUGAGUCGUCUAAUAAUGUGCUGGCAGGCGAGUCGGGUUCAUCUUCUGCCAAUCAGUCGGGUGAUAAUGUCGGUACAGUUAUCAGUGAGAAACCAAGAAUUAGGCAUCAGCAUAGCCAGUCCAUGGAUGGGUCGACUACCAUUAAACCGGAAAUGCUCAUGUCAGGUUCAGAAGAUCCUUCGCCGGGUGAUUGUAAGAAAGCAAUGUCUGCUGCUAAGCUUGCCGAGCUUGCUCUUAUUGAUCCAAAGCGUGCUAAGAGGAUUUGGGCAAAUAGGCAGUCAGCAGCAAGAUCAAAGGAACGUAAGAUGAGGUAUAUUGCUGAGCUUGAAAGGAAAGUCCAAACUUUGCAAACAGAAGCUACUUCUUUGUCUGCUCAGUUAACCUUACUACAGAGAGAUACAAAUGGUCUUACUGCUGAAAAUAGUGAACUCAAACUGCGCUUGCAGACCAUGGAGCAACAAGUACACUUGCAAGAUGCACUGAACGAUGCACUGAAAGAAGAGAUCCAGCAUCUCAAAGUGCUUACUGGACAAACAAUGAACAAUGGUGGGGCCAUGAUGAAUUUCCCGCAAUCUUAUGGAGCUAACCAACAACAGUAUUAUGGAAACAACCAAGCCGUUCACACUCUUCUAACGGCUCAACAACUGCAGCAGCUUCAGAUACAUUCCCAAAAGCAGCAGCCUCCGCAGCAGUUUCAACAGCAUCAGCAGUUUCAGCAGCAGCAAGAACAGCUGCAGGCGGCUAACUUGAAGCUUAAAAAUUCUAUGCCGUCCUCUGUUCAGAAAGAUCACGGACAAGAUGCCUCUUCCAUUGGUUAGGCAACAAGAACGUUAAUGUGGUAUUUUCGCGAUUUGUUAAUUGGCCGAGUCUUGGUGUGACUGGUUAGAUUUUUGUAGCUUGGUGACUUUUGGUUAGUCUAUUCUUAGGUGAAAAAAACUGCAUGAUGUGGGUUGCACUAGGAAGUUUAUUUUGUUACUAGUUUGUAUAUUAACUUGGUGAUGUUUUGUUGUUUUAUUCCUGUGAUGCCUAGCGUAUGAUCUUUCUGUGGGUACAACUGGUUUAAUUGAGUUCUUUUGGACUCUCUAUCUUAUGGCAGAUAAUUAUUCCUCCUUUAGGCUUAGACAUGGUGGGCCAGUUCAGCCCGAACAAUCCCUGAACUGGCCAGUUUAUCAUGGGCCACCACGGGCCGGUUUAGGUUCACAUAAAUAUAAUUUUUUGAACCGUCGGGCCGAUUCAGGAUGGUCUGGAACCAAGCUUGGAGAAGUGGCACGUCAAUUUUUUAUCUUUUCGGGUCGGGCUGGGAUUGUUCG